GGUCAGUUGACACUGAAUGAUGUGGUCAUCGAAUUCUCUCAGGAGGAGUGGGAAUGCCUGGACCCUGCUCAGAGGGCCUUGUACAGGGACGUGAUGUUGGAGACCUACAGAAACCUGAUCUUUGUGGAUAUCUCUCAUAUAUAUGUGAUCAAGAAAUUACAACUAAAGUCAAACACCGAUAAAGGUGGAGUAUUCCAAACAUUGAUGUUGGAAAGACAUGAAAGCCAGGGGAUCAAACAUUUUUACCUCCCGGAAAUUCAGGAAAAUACGUAUGACCAUGGUUUUCAGUGGAGAGAUGAUGGAAGAAGUUACAAAAAUAUCCCCAUAUCCCGUCACCAAGAUGUCACUGAUAGAAGUCCACAUGGUGGAAGGGAUGCAAAAAACAAGCCUAUUGGAAAUAGACUUGUGUUAAGCCUUCAGGGUGAACUGCAUAUGUUUAAAAGUAAACAGAAAAUUGAUGAAUUUAAUAAAGCUGUUAAGAGUAUCAGCAGUAGUUCCUCAUUUUCACCACUUCAAGGAAUUUCUCCUCCUGUCCAAACCAACAUUUCUAACAGAUAUGGGAGUGAUUUUAUGCAUCCUUCAAUACUGACACAAGACCAGAGCCCACACAGGGAAGUACCUUACAAGUGUAAUGAGUGUGGCAAAACCUUUCAUCAGGUCUCAAAUCUCAGGAGUCAUCAGAGAAUCCAUAUAGGAAAGAAAUUGCAUAAAUGUGAUGUAUGUGACAAGGUCUUUUGCCGAAAUUCAUACCUUGUAAUUCAUCAAAGAGUUCAUACUGGAGAGAAACCUUACAAGUGUAAUGAGUGUGGAAAGGUCUUUGAUAAGAAAGGAAGUCUUGCGGUUCACCAGAGAAUUCAUACUGGAGAGAAGCCUUACAAAUGCAAUGAGUGUGGCAGAACCUUUCCUAUCGGCUCAUACCUCAAAAGACAUCAGAUAACACACAUUCAAGAGAAAUUAUAUAAAUGUGAUCUAUGUGGCAAAGUCUAUCGUCAGAAUCUAUCCCUUCAACGUCAUCAGGGAAUUCAUACUGGAGAGAAAACUUACAAAUGUAGUUUUUGUGGGAAAACCUUUCUUUGUGGCACAGACCUCAGGAAACAUGAGCUAAUCCAUCCAGGAGCAAAAGCAUAUAAAUGUGAUGUAUGUGGCAAAGUCUAUGGUCAAAAUUCAUACCUUAAAUGUCACCGGAGAAUUCAUACUGGAGAGAAACCUUACAAAUGUAAUUUGUGUGGGAAAACCUUUUUUUUUAAAACAGGCCUCAGGAAACAUGAGAUAAUCCAUACAGGAGCAAAACCAUAUAAAUGUGAUGUAUGUGGCAAAGUCUUUAAUCAAAAAUCAGUCCUUGUGAAUCAUCAGAGAAUUCAUACUGGAGAGAAACCUCACAAAUGUAAUGAGUGUGGCAAGUUCUUUCGUGAGAAGCAAACCCUUAGAAGGCAUCAACAAGUUCAUACUGGAGAGAAACCUUACAAAUGUAAUGAGUGUGGCAAGGCUUUUAGUAUGAAAGGAAACCUUGCAGCUCAUCAGAGAAUUCAUACUGAAGAAAAACCUUACAAGUGUAACAGCUGUGGCAAAGUCUUUCGUGAGAAACCAGCUCUUAGAAGGCAUCAACGAAUUCAUACUGGAGAGAAACCUUACAAAUGUAAUGAGUGUGGCAGAGCCUUUCGUGAGAAGCCAGCCCUUAGAAGGCAUCAACGAAUUCAUACUGGAGAGAAACCUUACAAGUGUAAUGAGUGUGGCAGAGCCUUUCAUGAGAAGCCAGCCCUUAGAAGGCACCAACGAAUUCAUACUGGAGAGAAACCUACAAAUGUAAUGAGUGUGGCAAAGCCUUUAGUCAAAGUUCAACCCUAUCAAGUCAUUGGAGAUUACAUACUAGUGAGCAGUCUUACAGAUAUAAUGAGCAUGGCAAAUUCUUAAGUGUGCUUUCAAGCCUAAGUUAAUACCAUCAGGUAAUCUAUAUUGGAGAGAGACUUUAAUAAUGUUUUGAUGUGACAGGCUUUUUGCAGGUGUCCCCAUCUUAGGCUUUAUUAGAUAAUUCAUUAUGGAUAGAAACCAGAUAAAUGUAAUUAUUGUGUCCUGUCUUUUAAACGAGGAAUUUAUUCACCGAAGAAUUCAUUCUGGAGAUUACCUCACAAAUGUUAUGAAUGGGAGAGAAAACUUUACUCGGGGCUCGCAUCUCACUAAUCAUAAGACAGUCCAUACUGAACAGAAUGUUACAGCUGUUCUCCACCUUGGGACCGCUUUAUUUUUUUUUAACGCUCCUUAAUACCUGCCUCCAUUCUUGAAUAUGCAGUAUAUGAAUGUAUUUUUUCUUGUUCUUUCAUGUGUCUAAAUAAAUGUCAUGGUGUGCACCUUGA